AUGGGCGUGGACGCACCGCCGAAGGACGCCAAGAUUAUGGCCCAGAUGGCCGAGAUGCAUAAGCUUGCAGAGACGCUGACCCCUGAUAGGGCACGCGAAAUGCUUGUUGCAGGGCGUUUGCAACCCAUGCAGAUUGGCGCACUUAUGUCUUCUGGCAAGCUGAAGGAGGAGACCAUGCAGUUCUUUAUCACCGUCGCCAAGAAGGAUCUAGAGAGGAUGGAGGACGAAUAUGAGUCUAAAGUAGCCGAUAUGACCAAGCGAGAGAGGAAGGAAGCUGGAGACACCAUCCUGAGAAAGAAGGCCAAUAUCUCUAGGCUAGAGUUCUUUAAGGAUCUCCAGAAAAUCCCCAAGCUCAAGCCCACAAAGCUUAUUUUGCUUGUUGGCUGGUCGCUUGCAAUGUCUUCUUUGGACAUGACAAUUGUCAACAUUUGCAACCCCCUUAUCAUGCAUGAGAAGAACUUUGUCGGGCCACAAGGAGGCGAGAUACCAAUGUCCACCAUUCAGUGGAUCAAUGACAUAUACUCUGUCGCGUUCGCGUCGUUCGCCAUCCCCGCCUCAAAGAUUGGUGACAGGUAUGGCGUUACGGUGGUGCAUAGAUGGGGUGUCUCUGGGUUUGUGCUUUUUUCUACCCUCUGUGGCCUCUCCAGAUACAUUAGUACCGACAUGACACCUUGGCCAUAUGGAGGUUUUUAUGUUCUCAUAGGGUCACGACUCUUUCAAGGGAUCACCGCUGCAUUCCUUAUGGCGAACACCAUGUCACUCUGCGGGAUUCUAGUGGAACAAAAAGACAUUCCAACCGCAAUGGCUAUGAAUUCGAUGGCGUUCGCUGCGGCGACAGCUCUUGGACCCCCGCUUGGUGGCAUGCUGGGACAGUUUGUAGGCUGGGACUUCUGCUUCUUCAUUAACAUUUUCAUCGGGUUCUUUUCUAUUCUUUUCUGUUGGCUCUAUCUCCCUAAGGUUCCUCGCUUCAAGGAGAGCAAGUUUGACUACGUGGGCACCAUCCUUAUCCUGGUAUCUCUUAUCGUGAUGAUCAUGGGGCUUACCUUUAUCCCUCCGGAAAAGAACGCCGUCGCUAUGGGGAUUGUCCUCUUCCUCCUAGGCAUUGGCGGGAUCGUUGGGUUUGUUUUCUGGGAGCUUAAGCAUCCGUUUGCAAUUCUUCCCCGAGCAAUUCUCACUAAUAAAAAGAUCAUCUACUCUCUUCUGGCCGGUCUUUGGAACUUUGCGCUCAUCGUCACGGUUUCGUUCCAGAUGCCGUUUGCCCUGCAGAACAUCCAUCAGCUGGAGCCUUAUGUGGUCGGUCUCCUUUCCCUCGUGUCUCCUAUAGCCCAGACGGCAUCCUCCAUUGUCUGCAACUUCCUUGCAAAGAAGAUGACAAGUUACAUCAUUAAGCUGGUCGUAUCCAUCUAUGUUGCUGUUCUCAUCAUUAUUCUAGGGUUCAUCAUCCCUUAUGAUAUUGGUUGGAUUGUUAUCUGCAACAUGAUGUUCUCGUUCGGCCUGGGUGUCUUCUUUACCACUAAUAAUCAGUUCAUGAUGGCUAUAGCAACGCCCGAUAUUAGAGGUAUGAUGGGUGGCUGUAUCCAGACCUUCCGCGAAGCUGGGUAUGCCAUUGGUAUUGCUCUAGUCAAUGUCAUUCACGAUCUGUACAUGAAUCUCAACUGGGGGAGCGCAGAAGUUCCUUACCCACAGAUCAACUCUAACCCUCUAUGGGUGAAGUACACAAACGUUUACUACAACGCCUUUGCUGUUACGGAUAUCGUCAUGUCCCUUGUAAGCAUCCUUGCCAUGUGCUUUGCGCUUCUUUCUGGCACGAGUAUAUUUGAGGCGGACAAGUUCGGCUAUCCAAAAAAGUUGAGGCUUAAGAUAGAGGCAGAAAUGAGCGCCUCGGCAGAAGUAGAUCGCGCCACCGGUUCUCCAGCUGGUCCUGGUGCAGUUCAGAACCCUAAGGCAGAUCCCGAGGAGGAGCCCCUAGUCAUCGAAUAA